AUGGAGUACUAUUACCAUCUGGGGCACAAAGAAAGGUACACUUAUUAUGUGGAGUACUAUUACCAUCUGGGAAACAAAGAAAGGCACAAUUAUUUUGUGGGGUACUAUUACCAUCUGGGGCACAAUGAGAGGCACAACUAUUGUGUGGAGUACUAUUUCUAUUGGGGACACAAUUAUUAUGCGGAGCACUAUUACCAUCUGGGGCACAAUUAUUAUGUGGAGCACUAUUACUAUCUGGAGCACAAUUAUUAUGUGGAGCACUAUUACUAUCUGGGACACAAUUAUUAUGUGGAGCAAUAUUACUAUCUGGGGCACAAUUAUUAUGUGGAGCAAUAUUACUAUCUUUGGCACAAUUAUUAUGUGGAGCAAUAUUACUAUCUGGGGCACAAUUAUUAUGUGGAGCAAUAUUACUAUCUGGGGAACAAUUAUUAUGUGGAGCACUAUUACUAUCUGGGGCACAAUCAUUAUGUUGAACACUUUCACUAUCUGGGUCACAAUUAUUAUGUGGAGCAAUAUUACUAUCUGUGGAACAAUUAUUAUGUGGAGCAAUAUUACUAUCUGGGGAACAAUUAUUAUGUGGAGCAAUAUUACUAUCUGGGGAAGAAUUAUUAUGUGGAGCAAUAUUACUAUCUGGGGAAGAAUUAUUAUGUGGAGCACUUUUACUAUCUGGGGCACAAUUAUUAUGUGGAGCACUAUUACUAUCUGGGACACAAUUAUUAUGUGGAUCACUAUUACUAUCUGGGGCACAAUUAUUAUGUGGAGCACUAUUACUAUCUGGGGAACAAUUAUUAUCCGGAGCACUAUUACUAUAUGGGGCACAAUUAUUGUGUGAAGUACCUUUACCAUCUGGGGCACAAAGAGAGGCACAAUCAUUGUGUGGAGUACUUUUACCAUCCGGGCCACAAUUAUUAUGUGGGGUACAAUUACCAUCUGGGGCACUCCCUGUUUUUUGGGAGUCAACUAUAA